AUGCCGAUCAUAGGACGCACAGUAGAGGAAGCUGAGGCCAAGCUAGAGGUAGCGAGGAAACGUAUCAGUGUCAACGGAGGUCUGGCUCGUUUCUGCGGCUUCACCAACGUGGACCUCAGUGGCUUCGCGGUAGACGAGGAGUUCAACUUCGAUGGCACGCAUUACGACAACAGCAUACAAGGUGUCGUUGAUAACAUCAAACUUAUAUCAGAAGAGAAGGUCUUCACACCUCGAGUUGUCGCGGAAAUGUUUGCGCUGGGUGGCUCAGGUCCACGGCCUGUGGGAACGCCUGAGAUGGUCGCAGACUUCUUUGAGAAGUGGUGGCGAGAAGGAGACCUGGAUGGCUUCAACGUCAACUACGUGUCAAAUCCAGGGAGCUUCGAGGAUGUUGUUGAUCUACUGAUACCCGAGCUCCAGAGACGUGGCAUCUACUGGACUGACUACAAGGCGCCUGGCGGUACGGCAAGAGAGAACCUACACAGUAAGCCAGGCGAGGCUCUGCUGCCCCGGGAACACCCCGGAGGGAAGAUGCGAUGGGAUGCUUCGCCCAGUCGAGUAGUCACCGACCAAGCCACACCUGAAGGGGCGGUGGAAGCAGAGGUAGUGACAGGCAAGAGAUCGGACAUCGCGAGCACAACGAUAUCCAUGCAGGAAGUAAAGGUGUAA